AUGGAUCCUUGUCAGGCUGCCAGUAGCAUCUACGGAGCCCUAGAUGAUGGCCGAUCGGAAAUCCGAGCUCUUUCUUUGAACUCUGGGGACUUCGACGACCCGAUCUCCUGCUCCCUACAGGUCGUUUCAUUGCAGGACCAACCGAUAUACCGAGCACUGUCCUACGUCUGGGGUACUGCUCCGCCAAACAUCACCAUCAGUAUCAAUGGUCACGAAACGCAAAUCACGCCCAGCCUCGCAGCCACUCUUCGCAGAAUAAGACACCCUGCGAGCUCUUCAGCCACCGCUGACGGCUCGUUGAUAUGGAUCGACGCUAUCUGCAUCAACCAAGCAGAUCUCGCCGAGCGAGGAUCGCAGGUUAAGCUCAUGGGCCGCAUCUAUCGGCAGGCUUCUCGUGUGCUGAUCUGGCUGGGCGAAGGAACGGAGCAUUCUGACUGGGCCCUGGAUCGUCUGAAUGACGCAAGCGUGAGAUCCUCCCUCGUGACUUUGAAGACGGAGUCUCGGCAGCCCACGCUGGAGGAGAUCAGAAUCAAGAUCAUCAUCGACCGCGAUCUUGAAAUGCGAUCAUAUUGGACCCGGACCUGGGUGGUGCAGGAGAUGGCGCUGGCCCAGAACGAUCCAGUUGUCCACUGCGGAGGGAAAUGCGUCCCGUUGUCUGUAUACGUGGACAGCCGCAACAACCUGCCGUUCGACGCAACUGCCGUGCCGGGGAUGAUCUCGGAAUGGAGACGGCUAGAGCUCGAAGUACCGCGCCAUUCAGACGCCAUCAAGGGCCGGGUUGGAGUCUCUUUUUUUCACGACUUUGCGCGAACCACGUACCGGGACUUUGGCGAGAUCCCCAUGGGCUGGGCUCUCAACGCGACGUCCGGGCUGUCCGCCACGGAUGCCCGAGACAGAGUCUAUGGAGUCCUGGGUCUGCUUCCGCCCAGCCAAGCGUCCCGUAUCGAGGUCAACUACAAGCAGCAUUACAUGCGGACCGCGCAGGACGCGAUGACUGUUGUCCUCACGUGUCCGGAUCCCGAUGCACUAGACUCCUUUACGACAUUCAGCUUCCAUCGGCCGGUGGAUGAGUACCCGUCCUGGGUGCCUGACCUCGCCUUGCGGGAGUACGAGCAUUGGACUUCUACGAAGGGCCUUAAGCAUGCGCGGCACGCCUGGCGGUUCCCACAAAAGGCGGCCACAGCGGUGAGUGGCGAUGUUCUGCGGCUGAACGUGGUUCGGCUGGACACCGUCGAAAAGGUUUUGGACAUUUCUUUCAACCACGGUUGGGGUACAGAGUUCCGCGCAGGCUCUGGGCCGGGAAUGGUUGACACAGAGCUGCUCAAGACAGCAGAAGCAAUGGCAGACGAAGGCGCCCAAAGAGCGAUCACCCACGAUAAACGGAUCGGUGCUCUGAGCCAGGCCAGGCACAAAGAGCCUAUCUGGCUCUCCAUGUGCUCCUGGCGGGACCUGGACGGGCGCGGCAUGGCCUAUUCCGGGCAGAGCCGGAACGACAUGUGGCUUCCGGAGAUACCGCGAGAAAGAGGGACGCUGUGGAACAUCCUGCUCGGAAGGCAGGACAUCCCAGUCGACUGGCUGGCUUCGUGCCCAGAGGGGCUGAGGAGCGACACACCAAAGCUGAUGGCGGCGGUGCUGUCGCCGCUGCUGCACGCCAUUCGCUCGCGCUGCAACGAAAGGCGUGCGUUCCUCACUGAAGCUGGCUUCUUCGGGGUGGGGUCCGGGCACAUGGAAGUCGGCGAUGUCGUUGCCUUCGUUGCCGGCACGUUCUACGCUUGGAUUCUCCGUCCGCAUCGAGAUGGGUACCGCAUGGUCGGGUUUGCGUAUGCUUCGGGUCUGAUGGACUGGGAAAUACUGGAUGAGGGCAUGGAGCGAGGGACGUUACAGGAGGAGACCGUCAGGAUCUACUAA